AUGAAAAGAAAAAUCAAACGCACCGAAAUAAAUCGUGUCUCGAGACGUUUCGAAAUUCGGACGGUUCUUAAGGAGGGAAUGUGCGCAGGUGGGUGCGCGCGGGGAUCUUCCGUCCGAAGUUUCCGAGCGGGACAAAAUCGGGGGAGAUUCGAGAGCGUGCGGAUGCCGAUCGUGCCGGGCGCCUACCUCUGGCUGGCCGCCGCCUCCCUCCUACUCCUGCCAGGCGGGUUCGAGUGCCUGCGCCUCCGGAUGUUGCAGGUGCCGGACUCUGUGGAAGUGGGGGAGGUGGCUCGGCUGGUGUGCAUUUUCGACGAGGAACAGGACGACCUCUACUCCGUCAAGUGGUACAAGGACGACGUCGAGUUCUUUCGCUUCCUGCCGAACGACAGACCCGCCAAUCAGUUCUUCGAGAUUGGCGACGUUGACGUCGAUAUGAGCCGAUCGUCCAAUGGCACCGUGUACCUGCAGAACACCAGUCUCUUGGCAGAAGGGACGUACCGCUGCGAAGUAUCCGCGGACGCACCUUCUUUCCAGUCCAUCUCCUUGGAAAAAUUCAUGAGCGUGCAAGACAGACCUCCAGUAAUUCCUUCCGCCGGCCACCUGCCCUGCUGGAUGCCUGUCGCGAUCCUCCUGCCCUGCCUCCUCGUCCUCCCUUAGAACAGCCUCCCUCUGACGUGCCUGAAGACGUGUCAAUGAGUACUGCAUCACCUUCAUUGCUAACGACGCUUGUUCCGUCUCAUAUCGAAGGUCCUCUCAGUACUUCUGUGCUAAGAGAAUAUUUCUAGGCAGUUCUGCGCAUGUGCCAUCAGUGAUAAUGAGAUAAAAAAAUAAACAAUAAUUGAGAGCUAGUCAACUUCCCAUCAUGAUGAGAAGGUCUGUUUCGCUAAUUUACAAUAGAAACCAACCUGAAUGCAGCAACAUUGUUGCGUAAUGUUUGCCAAACCAGACGAUUUUCAUGUUUGUACUUGAAAACAUCCGACUCUUCGCUUUGAACAAAUAUUUAAUCCUGGUUGGAAUAGGCUGAAACUGUUAUGGAUCAAAAAUGUUUCACAGUGGGCAUUAUCGAUGUGGACACAUACUGGCGGGUCUCAAGAUUCUUUUUCUUGAAUCAUUUCUCUUGGGAGAUGGCAAGUAAAGCGCAUGCUCACUUGUUAUAAAGACUAUUUAAGCGUUGACAACAGAAGAUGAUUUCCACGAUUUUCAUUAGUGAUCUAAGUAAAGAUCUCAAGUGGCUGGGGUGAAGUUGGGUAAUGCCGAUUCGCUUCGAAUCUUUUCAAACAAACAGAAAACUGAAUGAAGAAAAUGAUUUAAAAAGAAUGUAAAAUAUGUCUUCCUUCAUCUUUUUUGAUGUUAUGCUUGUUAUCCAUGCAUAAUUUUUGAAUGAUUAAUGUAUUAAUUGCGCAAGGAUUAAUUGAUUCAUCUGUAUUGUUUUGUUUGCUAAAACGGAAAAACGAUGCCCCCCCCCACACACACAUACAUUCUUUCGUUGUAUUUAGUUCAAAACGUAGAUCAACAAUGAUUCGAUUCAUAUUUGGAAAAUAAAUUCGUCACAAAAAAACUAGUACUUUAAUUACACCUACUUAGAAAUAAACGAAAUUUGGGGGAAAUUUAUUACAACUCAAGCUUUAGAUUUCCAAUUGAAUUUAAUAAAUUUGUUCAAAAUUAUUUAAAUAAAAAAAUUAAAAUUAAAACAGAUAUUAUUAAUUAAAAUUAUCGUUCCAUCCUAGAAGAGGAUAAAGAAAAGUAUAUUUAAAAUUUAAUGCAAUAUUUUUUAUAAUUGUUAUUACAUAAAAAAAUCCUCAGAUUCGAAAUAAAAUGCUAAUUAAAACUCCAAAAUGAUGAAAAAGAUCUUAGAUAAGAUCGGAAUCCAAUCUGAUCUGAAGAUCUGAUCCAAUUUCAGAUCUUAUCUAAGAUCUUUUUCAGAUAUUAGAUACGAUAUUUUUCAUUUUAAACAACAUUAACUUAUCUAAAGGUCAAGAUAAAAUUUUUAAGUCAUAUUUAAUAAACAUGACUAUUAUAAGUAUCAAAAAAAUUAUGGAGAAAGUGAAAAUUGGGUUUAUUCCUGAAAAUAAGAUAGUGUUCUAAAUUCUUCCAAAAUUAAAAAAUAAUAAUUAUUAUUAUUUGAUAAUAAAAAUCAUAGAACACAUUAAACUUUCGAUCAAAUACUUGAUACAUUUUUGUUUAACAUGAAGUUUAGUUCCUUAAUAAUGAAAUUAUAAUCUUUAUAUGGAUUUUUUUAAUACUUUAAUUCGUUCCUUAGAAUGUAUUUUUUCUUGAAAUCGCCUAAAACAUUUGUGGUAUAUUUCGAAGAAUUGUUGUUAUGACACAAACAAAAAUCAUUCUACGAAUUAACACCUAAUCCGUUAAUUUAAAUUUCAUAUUGGAUUUUAAAAUAAAUAUAGUAUUGAUGUGAACAAAAUUUUUAAAAAAAUGAAUAUUUAAUGUAAUUAGAUGUCUAGAAAGUACAGAAAAUUCUUGUAUGCAUUUCUUCUUGCUAGAAAUCGCGUUAUGCUGAACAUGCACUAUCGAACCAAUUUAUUUGUGUUCAAAUAUGUCUCUAAAUUUUAACUGCACAUAUUGCGAGUGAAAUGUUAUUUUUAUUUAACUGUCAAUUCAGUAUUCAUGUGUAAAUAACAGAAAAUGUAUAUAUUUGCUUUUCUAAGCAAAGAAUCAAAAACUAUAUGAAAAUGUUAAAUUUAUGUUACCAUUAAUACAGGAUUGUUUAUCGCUUUUUAUGAGUGUUAGUCUAAUUUUUUUAUUGAAUUAUGCAAAAUCAUUUUAUAUGGGAGAGCAUUAUUUAUAAAAAUCUCUACAAAGUAAGAUUACUUAAAAAGUUAUUAAAAGGCUAAUUGUUUAACUCAUUAAAAAUUUGCAAUUACUUUUUGAAUGAAAGAGCAGGAAUCUAUAGUAUACCAGCAUAAGUUGUUACUAUUACUUACUAUCAAAUAUAUACUAAUUGAUAAUUUGAAACAAUAAAGAUAAAGCAAUCGAUGAAAAAAAAAACUUCUUAAGAAAACAGUUAAAAGUUCAUAAUUAAUGCUUUUUAGUUAUGAUAUGCCAUUUUUUUAUUAAUUCUACGUGCUAGAGACACGGUCGUAUUUAAGAGAUAUUAUUUUUGUUCGCUUAUAAGUUGUUGUUUUUUUAUUGCCGACGAUUUUUUGAAACACAUCACAUACGGUCACUCAAAAUGCAAAAGUCAUAUUUGAUUGAAAUCCACCAGUCAAUAUUCUGUUACAUCGCCAAUGCAUGCCAAGUAGCCAUAUUUUGCAUUCUUUAUCUUAGUAUUUUGCAUUUUAGUAUCAGUAACUUGGCAUCUUUUAAUGAUAUAAGAAAUUAAUCAAGUAGAUUUCAAGAAACAAAAUGUUUGAAAUAUAACAUUUUGUGCUCUGAGUGGCAAUAUGCUUGACAAGUAUCAGUUAUCUCUAGCUGGUUGUGUAUUACAAUGAAAGUGAAAAUAGGCUACUGAUUUUUUUUAAUCAUUUUUUAUUCGUACAUGUUAAUUGUCUGGAUUUUAUAAAGAAAAAUUAUUACUACUCUAAAAAUAAGUUUAUUACAUUUAAUUAUAUAAAAAUGAAAACAGGGUGAAUCUUCUAUAAAAAUUAUGUCCUUGUUUAUUAUUUGAAAUCCAGUUUAGCAAAAACUGUGCAAUUUAUUAUACAUUCACAGAUAUAUAUUUCUACUUAACUGUUGCCAAGAAAGGAAGAAGACAUCACAUUUAAUUAAUAAAGAAUGAAAUACUUGUAGAAUUAAUAAAAUCGAAAUUGAUGUUUCAUUUCAAUUCAAUAUCUUAACGAAAUAAAUAUUUAUGUAUGAUUGAAUUAAUGUGAAACCAGAAUUUUUUUAGUUAUUUAAGACAAGAAUGUGAUUUUAGGAAAAGUUAUCUCACUAAUAUUUUUUGUGUUGUUGUUCUUAAAAAAAGAUCAUCUACUAUAAGAAUUAAAAAAUUUUUUCUUUAUAAAUCGAAUUUUUGCUUGGAGAACCAUCGAAUCUCAUAAUCCUUCAAAAAUAUAGAUAAAGAUCCUCUUUUCGAUAAUUCUCGUAAGUUGCAACUUUUGGUGUAAGAUGGUGCAUAUGUUUUAAGAAAGAAGUUCUCUAUCUGCAUAUGUGUUUAUCCGCUGUGCAUUUUUAAAAGGAAUGUUGCUGCAUGUGGUCCUGAAAAGAAAUUAUAGAGAAUGAAUUUAACAAUAAAAAAAUGUUGAAAAGAAGUCGUUUUAAACUAUGUUAUUCAGUGUUUAUUUUGUUGGAAAAAUUAUUGAAAUUUAAUAAAA